AUGAUUCUUUCGGAGUUUGACAUCAUUUUUACCACGCAAAAGGCCAUCAAGGGUCAGGCGAUAGCGGAUCACUUGGCCGAAAACCUAAGGAGGGACGAUUAUCAACCGCUUCACACUUAUUUUCCAGAUGAGGAAGCCCUGUUCGUGGGUACAGCAGAAGACAUGAAUGAAAAAUGUUCUGAAUGGAGGCUAUUUUUUGAUGGGGCAUCAAAUUCCUUUGGAGCCGGUAUUGGAGCUGUUCUAGUAUCACCUGAAGGGAAGCAUUAUCCUGGUUCCGCUAAACUACGAUUUUUCUGCACUAACAAUAUGGCCGAAUAUGAAGCUUGCAUUUUUGGGCUAAAAAUGGCUUUGGAAAUGGAGAUUAAGGAUUUAAUAGUGUUCAGUGACUCCGAUUUGCUCGUGCAUCAGACUCUUAAAGAGUGGAUCACUCGGGAUUCAAAGAUCGUGCCUUAUCAUUGUAGUUUAUUGAAUUUGGCAAACAAAUUUAGGAGUUUGGAGUUCAGGCAUAUUCCACGUGCCAGAAAUGUCUUCGCCGAUGCUUUGGCCACCUUAUCUUCGAUGAUUCAACAUCCAAACGAGUUGGUAAUUGAACCUAUCCACAUUCACUUGCAAGGAAAACCUGCUCAUUGCCUAGUUGUGGAAAAAUCCCCCGAUGGUCGUCCCUGGUACAGUGACAUUAAGGAAUUUCUCAAAACAGGGUCCUACCCUCCUGAGGCCGAUAUGACUGCCAAAAGCUUCUUGCGUAGAUUAUCAUCUAAAUUCUUCUUGAAUGGAGAAGUGGUAUACAAAAGAACGUCAGAUUUGGGCCUUCUGAGGUGUGUUGAUGAGGACGAAGCAGAAUACUUGAUGAAAGAACUACAUAGUGGAGUAUGUGGAUCACAUAUGAAUGGCCACUUGUUAGCAAAGAAGAUCAUGAGGACCGGAUAUUUUUGGCUUACCAUGGAGCAUGAUUGUGGCAUGGAUGUGAUUGGAGCCAUUGACCCUCCCGCUUCAAACGGGCAUCGAUUUAUUCUGGUGGCAAUUGAAUACUUUAUCAAGUGGGUUGAAACGGAGUCUUAUAAGCAUGUGACUAAGAAAGUGGUGACGGACUUUCUAAGAAAGCAUAUCAUUUGUCGUUUUGGAGUGCCGAAGACAUUAAUCACUGAUAAUGCCAAAAAUCUCAACAAUGACAUGGUGGAUGGUUUGUGCAAACAGUUCAAAAUCAAAUAUCGAAACUCCUCUAUUUAUAGGCCACAGAUGAAUGGAGCAGUAGAGGCUGCAAAUAAGAAGUUGAAGAAAAUAAUCCGUAAGAUGAUUGAGAGACACCGUGAUUGGCACGAGAAGCUCCCUUAUGCAUUAAUGGCAUAUAGAACUGCUAUUCAGACUUCUACUGGGGCAACUCCCUACAAUCUCAUGUAUGGAAUGGAAGCAGUUUUGCCAGCCGAAGUCGAAAUCCCUUCUUUGCGCAUUUUAAUGGAGGCCAAACUGGAGGAGGCUGAGUGGAUUCAACAACGUCAUGAGCAGUUGUCUUUAAUUGAUGAGAAAAUGUUAAAUGCCAUUUGUCAUGGUCAAUGUUAUCAAAAAAGGGUAGCCCGUGCUUACAAUAAGAGGGUCAGACCACGAAUAUUCACAGAAGGAGAUAAAGUGUUGAAACACAUUUUGCCAGUACAAGAGGAAGCUAAGGGGAAAUUUGCACCAAAUUGGCAAGGCCCUUUUAUUGUCCAGAAAAUUUUGCUCGGGGGAGCGCUCAUUCUUGCAGAAAUGGAUACCAAUCAAUUUGGAUAUGUGUAA